GAUGACGCGCGGGCCGUGACGUCGCGGGAGGCCGCGGCGGCGGUGGCGGCGGCGGCCGCCAUGAACUGGCUGUUCCCCCUCGCCAAGGGCGGCGGCGGCGCCUCCGGGGGCCCCGCGGCGCUGCCCGCCCGCACCGGCCUCCAGCAGCAGAAGCAGCGGCAGAUCGAGGCCCUGCGCGCUGCGCACGCCGCCAUUGCAGAAAUUCAGAAAGAUGUGGAAUAUCGACUGCCCUUCACUGUAAACAACUUGACAAUUAAUAUUAACAUCUUGCUUCCACCUCAGUUUCCUCAGGAAAAACCCGUCAUCAGUGUUUUCCCACCUGUGAGACAUCAUUUAAUGGACAAGCAGGGAGUUUAUGUGACUGGUCCGUUAAUAAAUAACUUUACAAUGCACUCAGAUCUUGGAAAAAUUGUUCAAAGUGUACUGGAUGAGUUCUGGAAGAGUCCUCCAGUUCUGGCUCCUAGCCCAUCAUCAUUUCCUUACCUUUACAGCAAACCAGCUGGAAUGCCUCCAUAUGCUGCUCCUCAGGGGUUUCCAUUUCUUCCUCCAUACCCGCCUCAAGAAACAAACAGAACAAUGGCAGCUGUGCCUAUUUCUGAAUCAGUUUCUUCAAGCUACGCAACAGAUAAGCCUGCUGCUCCCUCUUACGGCUUGAUUACUGACCUGCCAUUACCUGUUCCAACAGCAGAAGCGGUGCUUCAGGUUGGCCAAAAUGGAUUUACUUACAAGAUGCCUGAUAUUCCUGAUACAUUUCCAGAACUUUCAGAACUAAGUAUAUCACAGCUGACCAAUAUGAAUGAGCAAGAGGAAGUGUUACUGGAACAGUUUGUGAAUCUGCCACAACUGAAGCAAGUCAUUACUGAUAGAGAUGAGCUAGUGAAAAGCAUUGAAGAGCUGGCAAAAAAAAACUUGUUGCUGGAGCCUAGUCUAGAAGCAAAAAGACAGAUAGUGCUGGAUAAAUAUGAGCAACUUACACAGAUGAAAGCAGCCUUUGAAAAAAAGAUGCAAAGACAGCAUGAACUUAGUGAGAGUUGCAGUCCAAGUGCUCUGCAAGCCAGACUUAAAGUAGCCGCUCAUGAAGCUGAAGAGGAAUCUGACACUAUUGCAGAGGACUUCUUGGAAGGCAAAACAGAAAUAGAUGACUUUCUUAGUAGUUUCAUGGAAAAGAGAACGCUCUGCCACUGUAGACGAGCCAAAGAAGAAAAACUUCAACAGGCAAUAGCAAUGCACAGCCAAUUUCACGCUCCGCUAUAGGCUUCCUGCAGACUACACCUGCCAACAGAAGAGUGAAAAACCCAAUAAAGCACACUUUUUAAUAACUAUUAUUUGCGAAUAAGCAUUUCAUCUUAUGUGGUUGUAUUUAUAGAAGAGAUUGUAUACGGAGUUGGGACUGUUUUUGUACAAAUUAGAAUGUCUCUUUAUAUUCUCAUUGUACUCAAGAAUCCUUCUAUUGCAAUCUUUGCACUAAUUUCUUGUAUUUAUUGUUGAUAGUUCUUAUUAUAUUUAAGUUCCUGCUGCUAUACCCCAUUCUUCAAAGAUUAAAUAUCUGAACAUGUAA